AUGCUCCCAUUGCGCCCUUUGCAAUGGACGCCUCCUACGCAUAUAUCACCGCUCCAUAAGGCCCAGCAAAGGCUCGUUCUUGGUGGCAGAAGACAUGUUUCAAGUCUCGCAGUUGCUGCAAGCAGUCGAUCCUGUCAGCAUCAAAUCUAUCAUUCUCACUCCAACGACCCCUUCGUGAAUCUCUCAAUUGAGAACUUUUUACUCGAGGAUACACCCCAAGACUCACGCAUCCUUUUCUUAUACGUAAACAGGCCUUGCGUCGUCAUUGGCCGGAAUCAAAACCCAUGGCUUGAAACAAAUCUCCCGGCAUUACAACGUGACACAGCUACCAACAAUGCAGAUAUUGUACGGCGGAGAUCUGGAGGCGGUGCAGUAUUUCAUGACGAGGGCAAUCUGAAUUAUUCUGUCAUCUGUCCGAAACCCAUUUUUCAUCGGGACAAACAUGCGGAGAUGGUGGUCAGGGCCCUCCAUCGUGUAGGGGCGACCAAUACAAAGGUAAACGGGCGGCAUGAUAUUGUCCUUGGGCAAGAUACUAAAGAACCAUCCGCCAAAGUCGUCCAGCUUCAAGCGGAAGAUGUGGAGGGUCCUCAGGACGAGAAAAUACACAAUACAGUCAAAAUAUCGGGCUCCGCGUACAAACUCACCCGAUUUCGAGCAAUGCACCACGGAACUUGCCUGGUAGAUUCCCCGAACCUUGGAAACAUAAGCGCUUUCUUACGAUCUCCUGCGAGACCUUACAUCAAGGCGAAGGGCGUGGAAAGUGUUAGGUCGCCUGUCGGGAAUAUUUCAAGCGCAGUUCCCUCCAGCUCCUGUCUGAUGGAGCAGGUAGUUUGCAAUAUCAUAGAAGAAUUUGCCCGGCUUUAUGGCAUACACCGGGAUGCUGUUUUACGUGCCCAGAGAGCCCACGCAAUUGGCCCGGAGCUUCAUACGGGAGAUAACUGGGCUGUUGGUGGGCUUGAUGACUUCCAUGCUCUCGAAGAGCCGGCAAUUGUCAAAGGGAUUCAGGAGCUUCAGUCUUUGGAAUGGAAAUACUGUCAAUCCCCUCAAUUUACUUUCUCAACCCAUCCCAACGACGAGGACGCUAGGCCCAGACCGCCUCUUCCGCCAGACCUGCCAACCUCAACACGUGUCUUCCUGCGAGUGAAAUCCGGUGCAAUUAUCUCCAGCGAGGUUUCCACCUCCACAGAUAGCGAGCAGGCUGACAUCCAGUCCCGAAAAAUCCACGAGGUCCUUGCCAAUAGGAAACUACAUGAAAUCUCCGAUUGGACGAGUCUGCUGGCCGGAUCCGGCGCUUUCGAUUCUUACGCAGAUAUUGGCAGCAUCUCCAACUGGCUUACGAGCAAGCUUGGACACUGA